UAGUAGAGGAGCUGGAAUGAGCCCUCGUUGCUACUGGAGACGUUCCGGGGGAGCUUCAAAGAUCUUGUUUACAGAACGCAGAGAGCCUCUAGUUCGGCGGUGUUGCAUGUGAGGGUUCUGCACGGUGACGGUGAACAUAUAGGCUAGUACACCGAUGGGAUAACGGAAUUCCUACCAGAGACACCCGCGCACAGACAGUUUUUGGUCGAUGUUACAGCUUUGAAGUACUUCUGCGAUGUUGUUAUAGUGACUGCAAAUGAUAUUGCCGCAUUCCUUUUCUUUUUUAAAAUAAUUUACCGCUGAUAGUUUUGGUGAGGGCAGGUGUUGGGAAUAAGGCGAGGUUUUUUAAUUGUAUCGUUUCUGAAUCAUUUUGUGGACGGCGUGGACCAAAGGCACGGGACGAGAUGGAUACCGAAAAGUACUUACCGGAGCUGAUGGCGGAGAAGGACAAACUGGACCCCACGUUUCAUCACUCUCUACGAUUACUAGAUCAAGAAAUUGAACAAUUACAAAAAGAUGAAGGAAAAGAAGAAAAAGAAGAGGAGAAGUUCAUCGAUGUUGUCAUCAACAAGAACAUGAAGCUGGGCCAGAAAGUGUUAAUACCCGUCAAACAGUUUCCCAAAUUUAACUUUGUGGGCAAACUGCUGGGUCCACGCGGGAACUCACUAAAGAGACUACAGGAAGACACGCUCACUAAGAUGUCCAUUCUGGGGAAAGGAUCAAUGAGAGACAAAGAAAAGGAGGAAGAGCUACGGAAGAGUGGAGAAGCCAAAUAUCAGCACCUGAACGAGGACCUCCAUGUCCUCAUAGAAGUGUUCGCUCCCCCUGCAGAGGCCUACAACAGGAUGGGUCACGCACUGGAGGAGAUCAAGAAGUUCCUCAUACCUGAUUACAAUGAUGAGAUCCGACAGGCGCAGCUGCAGGAGCUGACGUACCUGAAUGGUGGCUCGGAGGAUGCCAAGGUGCCAGCGGUGAGGGGCAAGCUGCCUGUAGCACGGGGUAGAGGGACACCUGCCCCAGGACCCAUCAGGAGUCGAGGAGGUGUGCCCCCUCCCCACGCAGCCGUCCCCCGUGGAGCAGCACCGAGAGGGGCACCCCCUAGCCGGGUACCAUCCGCCCGAGGGAGGGGUGUGCCAGCACAAAGAACACGAGGGGCUCCCCCGCCCGCGGGGUACAGACCACCGCCACCCGUAGUACAAGACACAUAUGGGGAAUAUGAAUAUGAUGAUGGAUACGGGACAGCUUACGAUGACCAGGGUUAUGACUCCUACGACACCAGUUACAGCAAUCAAGGACAGAACUCAGACCAUUAUUAUGAGUAUGGACAGGACAAUGGUGAGGAAUCAUACGAGUCAUACGCAGGUCAGGAGGACUGGACAACUAAUCGUGGCAAGGCGCCAGCUGCACGGACGGCCAAGGGAGUGUACAGAGAGACACCCUACUCCAGAUAUUGAACUGAUUAUACAACAACCUGCACAAUCCCUCAUGGAUGUGUCAUCAAGUAAUGGAUUUUAUACGGACGCUCCCUUCUUUUUAGAAUAAAAACACAAAGAAAACCAAACAAUAACACAGAGGAAAUGCUGAAGGUAAAGACCUUGAUAUCAAUCGUAAACAUGGGUUUUAAAAACGGAAGACCCUGGCAUGAUGUCAAGACUGUUUCCACUGGGAAUAAUGUGUAUAAUUUAGGUCAUCUACCCACUCCUAAACAAGUAGAUAUCUAAAUAUUCUGGACCCAGUUAUAGAGUGAUUGGUCAUUGGUAAUAUAUUAGUGAUUUAGUUGUAGAGAGGUGAAGUAUUGUAGAUAAUUUUGCCUGUCCCUUGCAAAUGAAACCUUUCCAAUCAGAAAAGAUGCUGAUAUAAAUAUUGUUGUUUUCUCUCCUUUUGUAAAUGAUAGUUCUUUAAUGUUAAAGGGCUUAUAAAAGCAUGGCGUGGAAUCAUUGUGGAUAGUGUCAACUGUUUUAUUCCUGUCUUAAAACGUGUAGAUGUGUGUUUCUGUUUCGUUCCCCCGUUUAAUCAAUCUUCAAUCUCAGCUCAUACUCUUCUUUUUUUGUGUAAAAACCCUCAGUAAGAAAAAAUAAUCAAGAGCUGCAAGACAUUUUAGGUAAAGCUCUUAAUAAUUCAUUCCAAUCCAUAUAUUUUGGGGGGCUUUAAUACCUGAAAUGCUUUCAGACAUUGUAUAAAUCAGGUUCUUGAGACAUUAACAGAAAUAGUAUAUUAGCAUAUUAACAUUAUCCGCUUAUGUAAGCCCUUUACAUUGUUCUUCUUGGUUGAUGCUCAAUAAACUUUUGGAAAUAUAGAA